AUGGCGGGCUAUAAGCCUCAUAAAAUUAUAAAGAUAUAUCUUACAUUUUCUUGCCUCUGCAAUCACGUCAAGCGCGAGAUUCACCCCGAACUUCCCAAGCACAAAAGCAAAAUAUUGGUCGAGUUGCCCGGCUCCAGAGCUUCCAAUACAACGUCUGGAUCUCAUGAUCUUCAUCGCCAAUACCUCAUCCGCCAACUUGCGAAACUCGUUAAGGCGAAACUUACCGGACUUGGAAAGAAUUCCAAUAACCCUAUUCAGAUUGCCGUAUACGCUUUCGACAUGGCUCAAGUCAAGUUAUUGGACCAGGAACUGAAUGGCCUCGUUCUCAAUGGGAUCAUUACAGCAGAGGAACGACAUCAGAUCAAGACAUCUGCUCUUGAUGCUGCGCAAGGCGACGAGGCAGAUGUUGUCUUCAUCGACUGCGCCCUUGUUUCCAACAUCGGGUUACAGCAGAGAGCUAUCGGACAGCCCCUGCGCUCUCUCACGCACGUGUUCACACGGUCCGCCUCUUAA